ACAUGGAAUUUGGACUUUUCCUGAACAACUGAAGCGGAGCUUUCCCAGCCCAGGAGAGCACCAUGGAUGGUGAACCACGGGGCAGCAACGGCAGGAAGCCCCCGAGGCUGGGAGACUCUCCGGACGUCAGGCUCCUUUCCAACCCAUUGAUGGGGGAUACUGUGUCUGAUUGGUCUCCUGUGCAUGAAGCAGCCAUUCAUGGACGUCUGCUGUCUUUGAGGAACCUCAUCAGCCAGGGGUGGCUUGUGAACCUCGUCACGGCAGAUCGUGUGUCCCCGCUCCAUGAAGCCUGUCUCGGAGGUCAUCCCUCCUGUGCAAACAUUUUAUUAAAGCAUGGAGCUCAGGUGAAUGGUGUUACUACAGACUGGCAUACUCCCUUGUUUAAUGCUUGUGUCAGCGGCAGCCUGGACUGUGUGAAUUUGCUUCUGCAGCAUGGAGCCAGUCCCCACCCCGAGAGUGAUCUGGCGUCCCCCAUGCAUGAAGCUGCUAAGAGAGGCCACGUGGAGUGCAUUGAGUCUCUUGUGGCUCAUGGGGGCGACGUUGACCGUAACAUCAGCCACCUGGGCACACCGUUAUAUUUGGCUUGUGAAAAUCUGCAGGUGGCCUGUGCCAAGAAGCUUCUGGAAUCAGGAGCGAGCGUGAAUCAAGGCCGGGGGCUGGAUUCCCCUCUGCAUGCGGUGGCCAGGGCGUCCAGUGGGGAGCUGGCCUGCCUGCUCAUGGACUUUGGAGCAGACACCCAGGCCAGGGAUGCUGAAGGCCACCGUCCCUUGGAGCUGGUGCCUCCAGAGAGCCCCCUGAGCCAGCUCUUCUUGCAGAGAGAAGGGCCCCCUUCUUUGAUGCAGUUAUGCCGCCUUAGAAUUUGGAAGUGCUUUGGGAUCAAGCAGCAUCGUAAGAUCACCGGACUCAGCCUCCCUGAGGAGCUGAAAUGGUUUCUCCUCCACAUUUAAAUGUGUCAAGGGAAUGGCGUCACAAACAACAGACAAACGUUAUCGAGUGUUGAGGCCACUGGGAUUUUAAAAUAAAGGGAGGUUUAU